CGGCGGCGCUGCGCCUUCAGGUCCGGGCUGUGAUACCAUCGGCAGCAGCUGCAGCUUCACUGGGGAGCCCCCGGCCUCGGUCCUGAUCCCGGACAAAAAAUGGUGCAGAAGAAAGCAGCUGAACUUGAGGGUUUCCAUCGUUCGUUCAAGGGACAGAAUCCUUUCGAGCUGGCCUUCGCCGUCAACCAGUCCAACCACCUGGAAUCUGUCUUCAAUUUUGAGUGCCCGACCCGCCCUGACAUGCCCUCAAGCCAGCCCAUCGACAUCCCUGAUGCUAAGAAGAGGAACAAGAAGAAGAAACGCUGCCGGGCCACAGACAGCUUCUCGGGGAGGUUUGAAGAUGUUUACCAGUUGCAGGAUGAAGUGCUGGGGGAAGGAGCCCAUGCCCGAGUCCAGACGUGCAUCAACCUCAUUACGAACAAAGAGUAUGCUGUGAAGAUCAUUGAGAAGCGCCUGGGCCACAUACGAAGUCGCGUGUUUCGGGAGGUAGAGAUGUUGUACCAGUGCCAGGGACAUCGAAAUGUCCUUGAACUGAUAGAGUUCUUUGAAGAAGAAGAGAGAUUCUACUUGGUGUUUGAGAAGAUGCGGGGUGGCUCCAUCCUCUCUCAUAUCCAUCAACGACGUCAUUUCAACGAGCUUGAGGCCAGCAUGGUGGUCCAGGACAUUGCCAGCGCCCUUGACUUCUUGCACAAUAAAGGGAUUGCACACAGGGAUCUUAAACCUGAAAACAUCCUCUGUGAAAAUCCUGACCAGGUUUCUCCAGUCAAGAUCUGCGACUUUGACCUUGGCAGUGGCAUUAAGCUCAAUGGUGACUGCUCUCCCAUCUCCACCCCAGAGCUGCUCACACCGUGUGGCUCUGCAGAGUACAUGGCCCCCGAGGUGGUGGAAGCUUUCAACGAGGAGGCCACCAUCUAUGACAAACGGUGUGACCUCUGGAGCCUUGGGGUCAUCCUCUACAUCCUGCUCAGUGGCUACCCGCCAUUCGUGGGCCACUGCGGCAGCGACUGCGGCUGGGACCGGGGUGAAGCUUGCCACACCUGCCAGAACAUGCUUUUUGAGAGCAUCCAGGCAGGCAAGUACGAAUUCCCCGACAAGGAUUGGGCCCAUAUCUCCUUUGGAGCCAAAGACCUCAUCUCCAAGCUGCUCGUCCGGGAUGCCAAGAAGCGGCUAAGUGCGGCCCAGGUCCUGCAGCACCCCUGGGUGCAGGGGUGUGCUCCGGAUAACACCUUUCCCACUCCGAUAAUCCUGCAGAGAAACAGCAGUGCCAAAGAACUCACCUCCUUCGCGGCAGAGGCGAUCGCCGUGAACCGCCAGCUGGCCCAGCGUGAAGAAGACGAGGAGGAGGAAGAGAAUCGACCAAUCGUCAUCAAAGCUACCUCAUGUUCCAUGCAGCUGUCGCCACCAUCCAAGUCAAAGCUGGCCCAGCGGCGGCAGAAGGCCAGCCUGUCCAAGGCCCCGCCAGCCCCCCAGCACCUGGUCAGCCCCUUGGUCCUGGUCAGCGACCACAUGUAACGGCCCCAGCCAGGUCCCCCUCCAGCCCCUGCUGUGCGUUCAUCCUGUCGGGGUUCGCUGGGGUUGGGUUUGGUUUUUUAAGCUGUUGCCAGCCGGCGAUCACUCCCUCCUCUGGCUGGUUUCCAGGGAGUUCAGCUGACCUUGGGAGUAGUUUUUUUUUUUUUUAUAAACAUUUUUUAAAUGAUCUAAUGGUAUUUACCAACAAAGCAAGAAUGCGGCACACACCCCAGGCACGCUUAAAGGGCGUGUAGCACACUGACGUUUGUGGGUCCUUUUUUGUUGUUGGGGGUCCCCUCCCUUCCUACGCCAAAGGAUGCGCUGUAAGCUCAGCUCACCCCAUACUGUGAAAGACGGUCAGUCAGUUGUGUGAAGAGGUGCGUGGUUCUCCAUCCCCUGCCCCGUCCCCCACCCUUACCUUUCCCUUGCCCGCCUUCCAGAUGGAGUAUAAAGAAUCAGCUCAGGAGUUGGAAGGCCUGUUUUCCCAACGCCAGAAGCCUCUAAGCCUUCCAGAGCAGGUGAUGGGCCCCUGGUGGUGGGGGGAGAAGGGAGGAAUGUUCUCCCUUCCCCACCACCCCCUGCCACUGCAUAUAUGCAUUUUUUCUAUAUAUGUGUAUACAUAUGCAUUUUAUACAUAUGUAUAUAUGAUAUAUAAAAAUUUAUUUUGCAUUUAUCCAGCCCCAUGGGAAAUUCUCAGUAUUCUAAGGAAGUUUUCCCCACCUGGCCUGGGUACACUGUUGAGAAAGGAGUGUGUCCAUGCCUAAGCUCCAGGUGAAAUGUUGACCCACUCCAGAUAGAAUAGCCUUCCUCCCCUCUCGUGUCCUUCCCUCCCCCAGCCCCAAGCUCUCCUUUUGGGGUCCUGCUUGGAGGAUGAGUUUAGCCCAUCUGGACACAUUGGCCUUGGAGCAGUAGGAUCCGGGAGAAUGACGUCCUGCAUGCCCAAGCUGGGCCGCUCCUAUGGGGCUUUCCUUUCCCCCGGCUCCCUCCCUCCCUCCCUCCUCCCUUCUCCAUCCCACCCCAUCACUGACUGGCCAGAAUGUAGUCUAAGAGCAGGGUAGUGGCUGGCUUUCUCCCUUUUUCAUCCCCAACAGGCAAAACUCCUCUCCCUCCUCUUCCCCCAUCUCCUGGGGCAGACAAUCUGGGUCCUCUGCAAAUUCCCUUUUAUUUUUUUUUUCCCUGGGACCCUGUUACAUAUUGGUCUCCCUGGGGGAAGCAAGUGUACCUGACUGCUGGUGAUGGGGAUGAGACCCUGCUGGCAGGUGCUGGGAUCCUGGGCUUUGGUCUGGCCAUAAAAAUACGGGUGAUUCCCAUGUCCCAGGCAGGGAGGAAGGAGGAGAGCUGGCUUCCCCAUGUUCCCUGGGGUUCUUGUUGGCAGCUCCUGAGGUGGGGGUGUGUGCUACUAUGGUACCUGGGUGGGGCAGCCCCACCCCUAUCCCCCACACCCUGGUCAAACUUGUGCCAACCUUUGGUAGGACAGCAGAGAACGGGGGUGGGGGGUGGGGGGGGGUGGUCAGGAACAAGGGGGAAGCUUAUUCACCUGUGUUAGCUGGACCAGGCUGCUCAGGUGCCUAGAGCAUGGGCCCCUGGGCCUACUGUGCCCAUUUUCAGGGCUCAGGACGAGUGGGGCAAUGACAUGCCCACUGCCUUCCCCUAAGUUUGGAGUUAAGCCCAGAAUGGGCAAUUUCAUUGAGUGGGGAUAGAAUGGGGAGAAGUCCUUCGUCUUUCCCUUCCCCACACUGAAGCCUGAAGCUUAAACAAACUCCAGCCUCCAAGGGGAGUAAUUUCAUUUGCCAACCUUCAGGAACAAAAGCUUCUAGUUUCCUGCUUGGACUUUGGGGGUCUUGGAUCCUGGGGCUCAGCAGAUCCGAGGGGAUGGGGGCUCUAGUUAGACAUCCGAUGGAAUGCUCCAACCAGGAAAUCCUGUAGAGAGACUUCGUGUCUCCUCCAGGUCCAUCUUCUCUCCAGUGCCGUCCCGCGUUGAGAGACCCUCCCCGAAGCCAGGAGAGGGCACCUCCUUGGGUGGGUGUUUACUUCCCACUCCACCUUUGGAUUCUGGGCAGGGAUAAACUAUGCAAUACCAGCUCCGUCUUAUGUAUGCAUAUAUAUAUAUAUAUGUAUAUAUAUGUGUGUGUGUGUGUGUAUAUAUAUAAUUUUUUCUUUCCCAGUCAGGGAGGUGAAGAUGGUGGGACAGGUUUGGAGAGAAAUGCUCAGGUUUGCUUUAUAGUCAGCCCCCCUAAGCCUCCAAUAGCAUUUUUCUUGUCCCCUUGCUACCCCUUCCAGCCGUCGGCCAGAACUCCCUUGACUAGUCUGGGUCACGCCGCGUGAGUUUCGUCCCAUGCCCACCGGGGACGCCGCGAAACCACUCAGACAACCGCAGGUGGGAGCUGGGGAUUCUGAGGAAGUGAUAGGCUUGCUUCUUCAGAGUCCAAGGUCUUUGGAUUGUACGUUGUGUUUUUAUAGGGAUUUUUGGAGCAAUUUGUUUUUACUCUGACUUGUCAAUUUCAUCCUGCCCCCCACCCCCACCCAACGGGUAUUUGUCUUAUAUUAAGAAUACUUGAAUGGUGUAAGUCGGGGUCAGGCUAUCCCCACACUACACCUGGAAUCCUGGUCACACCUGGAGGAGGGGGCAGAGGUUUUUUGUUUUAUUUUUUUUAAAGAAGCAACUCUCUUCUCCUGAUGUUUCCCCCCCUCCAUAUGCCUUGACCUCCAAUCCUCCCCAAAUCUUCUUUGGACAUACCUGGCAGGCCAGGGCAGGGCCUGGAGGAUUGAAGUUUCCUCUGCUAGUGACCUACUGAGUGUUGUGGGGUGGGGCAUGACAGAGGAGGAAGAUGGAGAGGCCGCCUUCCAAUCUCCUGCCCCUCACUCCGGCCCCCUUCACGGGUCAGACUUCUGACUCACUUCCAAAGACUCUGUCUGCAGUAUCUGAAGUUUCUUGAGUAGGAUGGGAGUGUAAAUGGAAAAUCAGUGGUUCUUUCCAGCUGGGAGUUUUAUGGGAUUUUUUUUCUUUUAACUCCCCCCUUUCCCCCCCAAAAAAGCCUUGGAGACUCAAAUUGCUAUUUUCCCCCCUACUCAGAACUUAGCUGAUACUGAUGACUGACUUUUAUUUUUGAUUUUUAAAUUUAGGUUCACUUUCCCCUUCCUGCCCAACUCUUCCCCUCCUCCCCUUUCAGCCAAUUAAUUCAACUUGGAACUGGUUAGAAAUGUUACUGUGAACCUGACUUUUUCAAGGCUCAUAAAGAGAU